AUGCGUUGUGAUAUGCUAUUCAAUACGGCUCUGAGCGUGCUCUUGGCUGCUUGGCUUGCAAAGGCGGGCCCGGUGCCGCGUCUGGAUGCCAGAAUGCCCAAAGUAGCCAGAGCCGAGACAUCUAUACCUGGGACAUCUGAAAUCCCAUCAAGACCGGAGUCUUCUGUCGAGCCUGUGGCACCCACUGCCUCAACUCCUCGGCCGGUCCUCGAAACCUUGACGCACUCAACAGCCAAUAUCCCCGACUCACUCAUUUCCAGCACCCCUACUCAGAGCCAAAUCUCAGCCACAACUUCGGCCGAAGUAUUGUCUGUAAUUCCCAUUGUGGCUACAACGAGUACUACUCAAGGGGGGUCAAGCACCAUCUCUAGUGCUGCUCCUGAGACAUCGAGCAGUGUUGGGAAUACUUCCAGCACAACUGCUGUCCCUACUGCUACGUCUCACAGCGCUGUGGAAAGUUCCAGUACGGUUGCUGCUCUAAGCACGUCUAGUAGCAUUGAUACCACCACCACUACAGUAGCUGCCUCAGCCACUUCAAGCGGCGUGGUUAAUACUUCCCCCUCAACUGCUAUCCCAACCACAUCUAGCAGUGCUGUUGAUAAUUCUACUACGGUUGCGACGUCUGUUACCUCUGACAAUGCUGCUGGCACGUCCACAACUGUUGAUAUCCCAGCUACAAGUGCCAGCACUACGGUAGCAGGCACCUCAACUUCUGUUGGAGAACGCUCAUCAACAGAGACAGACGUCUCAACGUCGCCAGCAACUGCUUCAAUCUCGGGUAGUAGCUCUGCUGAAACCAGCAUUUCAAGCUCCUCUACAGCAAAUACGCAGCCGCAGACGUCAACAACCGGAGCUACGGCAUCUUCAACUUUGCCAUUGAGAAACGACAAGACUGCGUCUUCUCCAACUAGUGCCACUACAACUACGAACAAUGCAUCAGAUCCUGUCACGACAGCAACGACGAAAGCUCCUACGACAGAGGCCACUUCUUCAGCUACUACCGAGCCUCCCACUACCACGGAGCCAGUGUCUACUACUGGAUCUGUAACCACAGCUCCUGAGAGCCAGACGACCACCUCAGGCUCCGGGACUGGCGCCCCAACCACAGGCUCUAGUCAGACUAGUCAGACGCAGUUGAGCUCAAAUACUGGCAGUGUAGCGGCGCCGUCUAAUUCUUCUGCUACAGAGAGUGCUUCAGCCUCGCAGACCGAGCCUCCUCCUACUACUACUGCUAGUUCUAGCACGCAUCAUGUUCAUACAAAAAUAGCACCCACAGCCGCAAAUUCGACUCGGUCUUCUUCCACAGUCAAUACAGCCCCUGUCACUAGUGGAUUGGGCAACUUGACGUCGAGCACUACAGAUCCUGGAACUAUCACCACCUCUGCCGAGAUUACGACUUCCGCUGCCGGGGUGCCAACAACGACUGUGCCGACCAGUGAUGCAACUGUUAGCUCAGUGUCAGUCCCAUCUACCGCCACUGCUACUUCUAGCAAAACGCUACCUCUGGGCUCGACGGCCUCAACUGAGGUUACGGUACAGCCGGAUGCUACAUCAUCCACUGUCUUGCUGACUUCCAGUUUGCCAUCAUCUGUGACUAGCAGUACAAACUCAGAUGUUGUUGUAUCAACUACAGCGUUGGAGAGUACACAGCCUGCUAGCUCAACGACGUUUGAAAUCCCAUCUCCUUCCUCAGCCUCGUCUCUUCAAUCCACCACCGGCCCUGCAACAACUGCUGUCGCAGCCUCUCCAUCAUCAUCGGCCGUGCCUCCGCCCCCAACUUCAGCCCCCACGACUACACUAAUCAGAACGACAUCUACGGCUACCGUCCAGGUUACCAAAGCACCCGAUGACAAUAUUCCUAUACCCACCGCAAUCACCUCUUUCCCCUCUGGCACCUCCACUGUCCCAGCUCAAGUCUUUGCAAGCAACUUAGCUCAGGCUCAGCAGUACAACAACAUCUUCAAGAGCCUGACCCCUCAAUCUGCUUGUACUGGCAACGCAGUUGGUUGCAUUGAUGGCCAGUUAGCUAGGUGUAGCUCCAGCAGCACAUAUUCGCUCGAGAAAUGUCCUUCUCAGCAAAAGUGCUUUGCCCUACCGAUGGAUAACGUUGCGGGUGUGAUGGUUGGAUGCCACGACAUCACUGAUGCAGAAAGCAUUCUCGGCACGGGCGGAUCUCAGGACAGCUCGUCGGCCACGACGCCUGUCUCGACAUCGGCUCCUUCAACAACACUGGCUCCAGUACCGAUUGCGACGUCGGCUGCCCCUGAAACGAGUGCUCCGGCUAAUCCUCCGCUUGUCUCGAUAUCGGCUCCUUCAACAACACUGGCUUCAGUACCGGUUGUGACGUCGGCUGCCCCUGAAACAAGUGCUCCGGCUAAUCCUCCGCCUGUGACUAUUACUACUGUAAUAAUCGUCAGUGACCUGCCGCCUUUGCCUCCCACAACCACACCAACCACUUCAACUGCUCCAUCAACUCCAGUUCCGGCUGCUCCCUCAUCUUCCACCGCAGCAGCAGCAGCCCCAUCCCCUCCUCCAGCGGCAGAUUCCCCCCCACCAGCAAACAGCUUGCCUCAGCCAACUCCUGUACCCGCACCCUCACCAACCACCUUCCAAACUGUCAUCGCCACCCCUCCCCUUCCCCUUUCCAAUAUUCCAACCCCCCCCUCAGCCCCCUCUUCUACAGUUAUCCUUCUGCCCAACCCAACAAGCCUCAUCGUCAUCCCCAUCCCCGACGACUCUGCCCCGACGGCUCAAGCCGUCCCCACCAGCGACACCAACCCUCGCACAACAGAGGUCGUCAAUGGGACUCCCACCGUGUCCGUCUUCUUCACCGUAACGGUCACUCAGAAGGAGAAGGAGACUGAGACCGUCUUUGUCACGGUUGCCCCCUAA